AAAGAAUCCGUGACCAUUACAUCGCGGAAUACGAGAAUUUAUUUUCGCUAUAAAAGCUGAGCUUGUAUCAAACAUUGACUAGAGCUUGAAUUCGAGAUUUCUUUUUCCUGGAAGGAAAUGACGUGCGAAAAACACUUCCGAAUGAAACUGUCGUAUAAAGAAUAGUUCAUGAGUGAUAAAUUUGAGCAGAAGACAUCGUUAAAGAUACAGCUAACAUGGAUAUUAAGCAUAUCCCGAGAGGUGUACUUUACUUUCUUACCAUAUGUGGUUUGGGUUUGUGCUGUCACUCUGGAGAUGUAGAAGUGGAUGGUAAAUGUUAUCUGUUAUCCAGACAGAAGUUCGAUUUCCGAUCUGCCAGGUUAAUUUGCCAAAUUUAUGAAGGUGAUUUAGCUUUUAUCAAUAGCAGCAGACUAAUUAGCAUAAUAGCAUCAGGCUUCACUAAACCAGCAUUUGAUCAAGGCAUUUCGUAUUGGGUGAAAGAACUCAGUUACGUCAGGGAUACAAUCGAUUACACGAAAGCAUUAAACAAUCCAGUGUCAAAUCGAACGUCAAGAAAUCAUCAAAGAUUAAGAAAACGUGCUGCAUUAACAACGUGUCCUUACCUAAAAAAUAAAACAAUUGACUUACAAGACUGUAGCCAAGCAAAUAUGGUUCUAUGCGAAUAUGAUGCGAGAGUAGACAAUAUGAGCUGUCCACAGGACUGGGAUCUGUACGGUCGUUACUGCUUUAUGAGAAGUACUAUUCAGACUAAUUAUGCAGUGGCUGUAUCUUUCUGCUCAUCUCAUCGUGGAAGGUUAGCCGUCCUGGAUUCUGAGUCAAAGGAGAAACAUGGCAAAAGUAUUGUUGCAGAAAAAAAUCUCACUUAUUUUGUCGGAGCCAAGCGAAUCGAUGGCAAUUUUAAAUGGUCAAAUUGCCAAGAUUUCAAUCCUGCGUGCCCAUCGUGUAUUAAUGGAAAUAGUGAGAUGCAGUGCAUGGGGCUUUUAUCAGAAAGUGCUCAUCCGACAAUGUUCUCAUGGGAAAGGAUCAAUUGCAGUGAAAAUCACUACUUUAUAUGUGAAAAUGAUGCGGAAAAUCGUACUGCUCCUGCUCCUGAUCAGUCUUACUCUGCGUGUAAAAUAAAGACUACUACUCCUAUUCCUGUUCAGAAUUCAACAGAAACAACCACCCUUAUUUCGAAUCAGACUUCAACUGUAUCAAAAUUAAACACUGAUAGACCUCUUCCUGUUGAAACUUCAACUGCAUUGUUAUCAGAGACUACUUCAGUUUCUUUUAAUGUUUCAACUACAUUGAAGUCCCUUAUUUGUCCUGAUCCUAGAUGGAAACGUCAUAUGGAGUUCUGUUAUUGGAAUAGCGACGUGAUUUUGAAUUGGUAUGAAGCUCGGACUUACUGCCAGGGUUUCGGAGGAGACUUACUUACUUAUCAUACUAAGUCAGAAGAAAGCCAAAUUAUUCUAAGUUCCAAAGAGAAUUACACAGACCACUGGUUCGGUUUGCUGCGAUGGAGAGACGAUGGCAAGUUCCGCUGGGUAGAUGGAUCGCCAGUCACUUAUACAAACUGGAAAGUAGAUGAACCCAGAGUUGAGAUGGAGACACAUUUCUGCGUGAAGUAUAGCGAGGAUUCUGAAACAUGGAUGCUAGAUUAUUGUGGAAAGAGAAAACGGUUUCUCUGUGCAGCGCCAUUAGGGAGAAACACGAUUGAACCAAAUUUCUCCUUUCUGACAAGAAAGAAAUGCAAUAUCACAACCACUUCAGCAUUCCGUGAGUGGUAUUCAUAUGGAGAUAACUGCUAUUUGGUAGCUGAAAGAAACCUACGUACUUGGAACAGCGCAUUGACUUUCUGCAUAAACAACGGCGCCAAUCUAGCGUCCAUCCAUUCCUCUGAGGAAACUAAUUUCAUAUUAACAAUACUCAAUGUUGAAACAAAAACAGACUUUUGGAUUGGUUUAAAGGCUGAUUUCAGUUCAAGUUUCACUUGGUCAGAUGACACGCCACUGGAUUUCUUGUACUUUGCUAAUCAACGCGUGGUAAAAUCUAGAUUGCACAACUGCGUGAUUUUCAACAAAGAGGAUGGAUCUUGGACGUCUACUGACUGCAACCAAAACUAUGGAGUAAUAUGCAAGAGGAGUAAUGAUCACGAAUUCACGAGUCCUGCACCAACUGCUUUUUCGGGAAACUGCCAGAAGGGCUGGUAUCUACUAGGUAACAAAUGUUACAUAAUCUUUGGUCAACAUGGAUUUGGCAAAUUAAUAUGGCAUGAUGCAAAAAGAGCAUGUGAAAAGCACGGGGCAGUUCUUGCUACUAUCCAUUCAGAGAAAGAACAAAAUUUCUUGACAGACUUGAUGAUAGAAGCUGGUUCUGAUAUUUGGAUUGGACUUCAGAGCCAUAAUCUGGGUACUAUCUUCAAAUGGGCAGACGGCACGAGACUCGAUUAUACGAACUGGAAUGCUGAUAAUGUUAAGUCAAAAGCACUCACUCGGGACGUAUGCUUGGAAAUUAUGAACAAAUUUGAAGCAGAUGGAAAAUGGGAGUGGCAAGAGUGUUACAAAAAAUCUGCGUAUGUUUGUGAGAAAUCAAGAGAUCCUAGGAUAAAGCAACCCUCUAAAGCACCUUUUGCAUGCGAGACUAUUAAGGGCUGGACUCGAUUAGGUUCAUCCUGUUACAAAGUGUUCAGAGGAAACUCGACAUGGGAAGAAGCUCAGUCUCAGUGUAGCGCAUAUAAGGCAGAUCUUGUUUCUCCCAAAAUUACGAUAGUGGCUCAGCUUCUGAGAGAAAGAUAUGCAUUCAAGGAUACAUUUUACUGGAUAGGAGUGAGAGAAAUGGCACAAGAAACCUAUAAAACGGUUAACGGUCAUAAUCUGAUACACAGCAAUUGGGGACGAGGCCAACCCCAGAAUAUUUCUCCACCUACGGAUAAUUGUGUCGUCAUCAAUAAAAAUAAUCGCUGGUUGGUUAGAAGUUGUCAAGAAGAACAUUCUUUCAUUUGCGAAUGGAAUACAAGUCUUGACAUAGAAAAUAUUACAGAAAGAAACAAUUUUAGCGAGUGUUCCAGAGAAUGGAAAAAUUUAGGAAGCAGUAGUAGUUAUAUAUUUAAAGAAGACACACCAUUAUCUUGGAACAAGGCUAUGGCUUAUUGCCUCAAACAUGGAGGCAAUUUGGCGAGUUUCCACUCAAUCAAAGACGUCAAGCUCGUGCAAGAUUUCUUAAAUCAUAAUUUUCAGUCACGUUUCUUACAUAUUGGACUUACAAAGAACACAGAUGGAAGCUACGCAUGGGUGGAUCAUAGCCCACUGGAUUUCACACACUGGGCUAUCGGGCAGCCUGAUUACAAGGACGACUGUGUGGAGAUGAUUGUUGAAGAUGGCAAAUGGAAUGAUAUCGAUUGCGAUAAGACGAAACGAGGAUUUAUAUGCUCUACCUCUAGAAUAAGAGACUGUUUUGUUGACGGCAUGGCAAUUAAUUCAACUAAUCAAGGUAUAUACAAAAACCUAACGACUGGUGGAAUUGUCGGUAUCGCAAUCGGAAUUUUCGGUAUUAUACUUGUAAUACUAGCCUUAAGAGUUUUCAGAAUUUAUAACUCGCAUCCAAAGAGAGACAUGAGAUCCUAUUUAUUAGAAAAUGAGGAAUCGGAAUCACUAUGAAGAAUUAUUAAUUCAAUUAAAUGUACUUUUUUAUUAUUAUGAAUAAAUCUUAUUUAUUAUACAUAA